AUGAUUGCUUAUGGAAUCGAUAAUACUGAGAAGAAGGUCAAGAGUUCAUAUUUUGAUUUGCCAGCUAUGGACAUGUCUGAAGCAUUUCCUCAAGCAACUCCAGCAUCGAAGUUUCCACCAUGCACUUCAGACUAUUAUCAUUUCAAUGAUUUAUUGACUCCGGAGGAACAAGCCAUCCGGAAGAAAGUGAGGGAGUGCAUGGAGAAAGAAGUUGCCCCAAUAAUGACUGAGUACUGGGAGAAGGCAGAAUUUCCAUUCCAUAUCGUUCCUAAGCUUGGAGCUAUGGGUGUUGCUGGCGGCUCGAUCAAGGGUUAUGGCUGUCCUGGCCUCUCCAUCACCGCCAACGCAGUUGCAACAGCUGAAAUAGCUAGAGUUGAUGCAAGCACUUCGACUUUUAUUUUGGUGCAUUCUUCUUUGGGCAUGCUCACUAUUGCACUUUGUGGAUCAGAAGCACAGAAGCAGCAGUAUUUGCCUUCUUUGGCUCAAUUGAAGACUGUGGCUUGUUGGGCUUUGACAGAACCCGACAAUGGAAGCGAUGCAAGUGGUCUAAGAACAACUGCCACAAAGGUUGAUGGAGGAUGGAUAAUUGAGGGACAAAAGCGUUGGAUUGGAAACAGCACCUUUGCAGAUCUGUUGCUCAUCUUUGCUAGGAAUACGACAACUAACCAAAUCAAUGGAUUCAUAGUCAAGAAAGACGCGCCUGGCUUAAAGGCUACUAAGAUCCCGAAUAAAAUAGGUUUACGCAUGGUUCAAAAUGGAGAUAUUCUACUACAGAAUGUCUUUGUUCCGGAUGAGGAUCGGUUACCUGGGGUAAAUUCUUUUCAAGACACUAGCAAGGUCCUGGCUGUCUCACGUGUAAUGGUGGCCUGGCAACCAAUCGGCAUAUCAAUGGGAAUCUACGAUAUGUGUCACAGGUAUCUGAAGGAGAGGAAACAGUUUGGAGCACCUUUGGCUGCUUUCCAGUUAAACCAACAGAAACUUGUGCAGAUGCUGGGUAAUGUUCAAGCGAUGUUUCUAAUGGGUUGGCGCCUCUGCAAGCUAUAUGAGAGUGGUCAGAUGACUCCAGGUCAAGCCAGUUUAGGAAAGGCAUGGAUUACAUCGAAAGCAAGAGAAACUGCUUCGCUAGGUCGGGAAUUACUCGGUGGGAAUGGAAUUUUAGCGGACUUUCUGGUGGCAAAGGCUUUCUGUGACCUUGAACCCAUCUAUACAUACGAAGGGACUUAUGAUAUAAACACCUUAGUGACGGGGAGGGAAGUAACGGGGCUUGCAGCUUUCAAACCGGCUACUCGAAGCCGUCUAUAA